AUGUCCAUGCCCCCUCCGAAGGCUUCAACCCCACGACAGCGAGUUCGCACCGGUUGUUACACGUGUAAAAUUAGGAAAGUGAAAUGCAAGAUUGAAGACAAGGAUAACCAAGAAAGUCUUGAUGAGGCCUCCAGCUGUUAUCCUUGCAAGCGCCUGGGGCUCGAAUGCCGAUGGACCGCUCCAUUGAACGGGGAGGGUUAUAACCCACCCCCCAAAAGGCGACAAACAAUUGGAAUAAGGCGCGAACGCUCUCAAAUCAAUAAGAAGAGCCCAAGAGCCUCAUAUAUCGAGCCUCAUGGGCCAUCUCAGGCUAUUGAAUCACAAGACGACGACGCUGUGACACGCACCAAUGUGCUGAGAUCAUCCGAACAGGGCAGCGCAUCCUCUGCCCAAUCUGCCUCGUUUGAACUUGAUACUUAUGUCGAUAUGCUCGGAGACUUACCAUUCGACCUUGACUUUGACCUAGAUAUUCAUCCAGUCGAUCUGAGUUUUAACGGGGAGGGCUUGGAUUUCGCGCAACUACCCUCUUUCAACACGCCAUUCUCAUUACCCGAUGGCGACAUGGCGAGUGAGACGAUGUCAAGAGAUGUACCUCCAACUUUGAACAAUGUUCAAACACCCGGAAAAUCCUUUCCAUUUGCCGACGAAAUAAGAACAGAUGCUACGGUUUCCGGUGAUCUAUCUAGCCUAGGAGUUGAUGAACAGCAUCUGAUUCAACAUUACCUCGCGACUAUGACAGGCUAUGCAAAAGUGGAUGAUUAUCCGAGAGGUGCAAACAAUUUAUACACAACUGCAUUCUCACAAUCACUCUCCUUUAAGCCCCUUCUCUACGCAAUUCUGGCAUUUUCCGCUUCUCACUUGGCCCUGGAAUAUCCCAAAUAUUUUGAAAAAGCAUCCAAAUUCGAGCAACUAGCACACGACUCAUUUGAGGCCUGCAAAAGACAGGUUUCAGAGCCUGAUAGCCUUCUCUCGGCCCUAUUCGUUCGAGCUAAGAGAAUACACCUCCUCGCGGGCGAUAUCAGCUCAUUACAUAGCCUCAUUGACCAGGCUGCCGAGACUGCCUUAUCUGAGAAGGGCCAAAAAGCCUUAAACGACCCAUUCUCCCUUGCUCAAAGAAUUGUGAUUCGACUUGCUCUUCUAGACGCGCGAGCUUCAUGUUAUCGACUCGGAGGUGGAAAGUUAAUCAAGGCUCUACGAAAUAUACCCGCCAUGUCCUUUAUAUUUGACCAUGACAAGAAUGUUGGAUCGACAUCAAAUGCCUUGGUGAGUUUGCUUCGCGCUGAUAUACUACGAAUGAAGGUCGGGGAGCUUGACUUGCGUCUACGACUUCAGACAGAGAGUGAAGAUCUUAUCAGCUCUCCGCGUCAACGUAUGCUCAAUAUCUCGUUAUGGCAGCUCUCCAUUCUUCUGUACUGUAUCUUUACCUAUUAUACCCGCUCAAGUCCAUUCGAUGGGAGCAUUCCGUAUCUCGUGUUCUACAUUGUCAAUUGA